GCGGUCAGUUCGCAAAUAUCAGUACAGUACGAAACGUUCACCUGCUCGGCGACUCACCUGCUCCGACCUGGCGUCAUCACGAUGGGAAAGUGUUCCCGGAUUUGGGUUGUCUGCUUCGUAUUUUAUACGGUUCUUCCUACGAAAUUCACCGCCGCCGAAGAACCCGCUCCUCAAUGGACGACGCCGUUGGACGUGACUUGGCCCCGGCCAGACCAGGCCGUUGCGAAUUUUAUUCUACGGCGAUCCUCGGCCCGGCAGAAGCGUCAAUUUGGGGGGUUCGACUUUAGCAGUGCCAACGCCAACGCAAACGCCUUCAGCCAAGGGUUUGGACCGGACGGGUUCGGCGCGAGUGCGGCCAAUGCCCAGGCCCAGUCGUUCCAGAGUGGAGGACCGUUGGGUUCGUUUGGGGCAUCGGCUGCGAAUGCGGCAUCGCAAGGGUUCAACGUUGGGCCAGGGGGCUUGAGUGGAUCGGCAUCGUUUGGUGGGAGUCAGACGUACAACUUUCCUGGGGAUCGGGAUCUGUCGAUUUCGUACUCGAACGGGUUUGCUGUUGGAGAGGACGGAAUGCCGACGUAUUCUGGAGGACAUGCGUUGAGUUGGAGCUGAGUAUUAUGAUUGUGUUUUAUGAUUUUGUAUAACUAAAUAAAAAAAUAAUCAAUCAUUAUUUCAUAUAACAGCAAUUCAUAAACAUUAAAGCAAAUUUAUGCGCAAGUUAAAACACCCACCGUCUCCAUGAAAACCGAACAUGUUUUUUUCGUUUAAUUUGUAUGUUGAAAGCAAUCUAAAUAAAGCCAAUAAUUUAAAUUUGCUUGUCAAGACAUUGGAUGUAAUGAGGAAUAAGAUUAAGA